GCGAAGCUGCCUUCUCUGGCUCCCGUUGAAACUCCUAGAUCAGCGGACACAACGCUGUUUUGACAGCUAUGGCGAGAUAUUCCAGCGAUUCAGACUCGGAUUAUAGCAGCAGGUACCGAAGGAAACGAAAUCGAAAGUCGAGAUCUAGCAGCUCAGACAGUAGUGAAUCCUCGCCACAUCGAAGGAGAUCAUCGAAACACUCGAAAACAAAACGUAAACACCGUUCACACUCGAGAAGUAGAGGAAGAGAUCGAAAUUCGAAAAGUCACAAAGGAUCCAGGAGUAGUCAUUCGAGAGAUCGGGACAAGAAGCGUUAUCGUUCUAGAACAGGCAGAUCAUAUUCUUCGGACCGUACAAAAAGAAAAGGUAGAUCCACAUCCAGAGAGAAGUCGCGAAGUCCUUCCAGCAGCUCACAGUCAAAUCAACCAAAAGUUAACAUGGAGAAAAGCCAAUCUCUGGCAGCAAAAGAUGAUUUUCCCAUUGAGCCACGUUUCAAAGCAUGUGUACUCGAGGAAAUAAACGCUGACGGUUUCACUCCCAAGACAUUCACUUCAUCUGCUACCAAAGAGAAUAAAUUAAAAAAUAUUGUAAUAGACAUUAGUUCAGAUACCAUACAGAUUCCACCAGUAUCUAAUGUUGCCAGUGGCCCAGAAAGCAUAUUUCAUACAUCGAUUAUGAUGGAUCAAGAGGCAAGAUUCGAUAAAUGGGUGAAAAAGCUCUACACUCUCAGACAGAAAGCCAUGGCUGAUUUGGUUCAUACAAAUGUUACUUAAUGUAAAACUUAUGCUUAGUAUUUUUUAUACACAAUUGUAUAUGAUAUUCUAUAUGUAAAAAAAAAAAAUAAAAUAAAAUAAUAAGAUUGAGUAAA